UGCGGGGAAGUUGUGUUUACAGGGAGGGGGAUGGGAGUGUGAGAGGGGGAGGAGGAGGAGGUGCCGGUGCAGGCAGGGGGUGAGGGCAGUCCACUGUCUCUCUGCCAUUUGAUCAGACUGGAGCUUUGAAGAUCAGUGAGCUUACACCAGGGCCUCUCUGGGACACUGCCGAGGUCUAUGGGAUAUUGGGGAUGUGCAUUGGAUCUGCAGCUGGAUGGGAAUCCUUCCUUGGUGGAGCAAACUUAGCUGGAUACCAGGAUCUGUGCCCAGAAAUGGAGCAGUAGAGGGGCUGGCAGCCGAGUAGGUCAAACCCUGUUAUCAGAACGUGGACUGGUCCAUUUUAUGAACCAUGACGUUGUGUGUGCUUCAUGCUGGCAUGGUGCUAGUAAUGGCGUCAUUGGGCUAUGCAGUUAGCUUCCCUGAAGACGAUGAGCCUAUCAACAUCGUAGAUUAUCACUAUUCAAGGCAAUAUCCUGUAUUUAAAGGACGCCCUUCAGGCAAUGAAUCACAGCACAGCUUGGACUUUCAACUCAUGUUAAAAAUUCGAGACACACUUUAUGUUGCUGGAAGAGAUCAAGUUUAUGCAGUAAAUUUAAAUGAGGUGCACAAGACUGAAGUAACACCAAGCAGAAAGUUGACAUGGAGAUCGGGUCAAGCAGACCGUAAGAAUUGUGCAAUGAAAGGCAAACACAAGGAUGAAUGCCAUAACUACAUCAAGGUUUUUGUUCCACGAAAUGAUGAGUUGGUCUUUGUCUGUGGCACAAAUGCUUUCAAUCCCAUGUGUAGAUACUACAGGUUAAGCACUUUGGAAUAUGAUGGGGAAGAAAUAAGUGGCUUGGCCAGAUGCCCAUUUGAUGCCAGACAGACCAACGUAGCCCUUUUUGCUAAUGAGAAGUUAUACUCUGCCACCAUGGCUGACUUCCAAGCCAGUGAUGCUGUAAUCUAUCGGAGCAUGGGGGAUGGAUUUGCUCUGAGGACAAUUAAAUAUGACUCCAAGUGGCUAAAAGAGCCGCAUUUUCUGCAUGCAAUAGAGUACGGCAACUACAUCUACUUCUUUUUCCGAGAGAUUGCUGUGGAGCAUAAUAAUUUAGGCAAGGCUGUACAUUCCCGUGUAGCACGCAUAUGCAAAAAUGACUUAGGAGGGUCGCAAAGGGUCCUUGAAAAACAUUGGACUUCAUUCGUAAAGGCAAGACUCAACUGUUCUGUUCCGGGGGAUUCUUUCUUCUACUUUGAUGUUCUGCAGUCUAUAACAGAUAUAAUAGAAAUCAAUGGAAUUCCUUCUGUUGUUGGAGUGUUUACUACACAGCUAAAUAGCAUACCAGGUUCAGCGGUUUGCGCUUUUACUAUGGAUGACAUAGGGAAAGUAUUCAGAGGAAGGUUUAAAGAACAAAAGACGCCAGACUCUGUUUGGACAGCUGUACCUGAAGAUAAAGUACCCAAACCAAGACCAGGCUGCUGUGCAGGACAUGGUCCUGGUACAGGUUUCAAGUCAUCCACUGAAUUUCCAGAUGAAACCCUGGCCUUUAUAAAGUCCCAUCCUUUGAUGGAUUCUGCAAUCCCGUCUAUUGUCGAAGAGCCUUGGUUCACGAAAACCCGCGUCAGGUAUAGAUUGACAGCUGUAGCAGUGGACCACCUUGCUGGACCUUACCUUAAUUACACAGUCAUAUUUGUAGGCUCUGAAGCUGGCAUUGUGCUAAAGAUCUUGGCUAAGACUAAUCCAUUUUCCCUGAAUGACAGUGUAUUACUGGAAGAAAUUGAUGCGUACAACCGUGCAAAGUGUUAUGGGGACAGUGAUGAGGACCGAAGAGUCUUAUCCUUACAGAUGGACAAAGAUCACCAUGCCUUAUUUGUGGCCUUUUCAAGUUGCAUUAUUAGGGUCCCACUGAGUCGUUGUGAGCGAUAUGGCUCAUGCAAAAAGUCUUGUAUUGGUUCAAGAGAUCCUUACUGCGCUUGGCUAAACCACGAAACCUGCGGCAGAGUCAAGCCUGGCAUGUUCUUCGGAUAUGAACAGGAUGUGGAGCAUGGCAACACGGCGCAGCUCGGCGAUUGCCAUGAAAAAAUGUCUACUACAACUACACCAGAUUACAAAAUAUUUGGCGAUCCAACAUCUGACAUUGAAGCACCUUCCACUUCUGUAACCCCAAUGACAAGUAGUCCGGUCAUUCUUCCUAAAGUGAUUGGUUCCUGGAAACCCAGAAUGACUGGUUCUCGGAAAUUUGUGUAUGAAGACCCAAACUCCUCUGAUUACAUUGAUACAUUAACAGGUGUCCCAAAUGGUGUAAGAUGGGAAGUACAGUCUGGAGAAUCUAACCAAAUGGUCCAUAUGAAUGUUCUGAUCACUUGUGUCCUCGCUGCAUUUGUUCUUGGAGCAUUUAUUGCAGGAAUGGUUGUCUACUGUUACCGGGAAAUGUUUGCACGGAAAUCCAGGAAGAUACACAAAGAUGCAGAGUCUGCUCAAUCCUGUACAGACUCAAGUGGAAGUUUUGCCAAACUGAAUGGGUUGUUUGACAGCCCAAUUAAAGAAUAUCAGCAAAGCAUUGAUUCACCUAAACAUUAUACAAAUAUACUGACUAGUAGGAAAGAUUUACCACCGAAUGGUGAUACAAAGUCUAUUAUGAUAGACAGCCAAGGACAACCACCAGAACUAGCUGCACUUCCGACUCCUGAAUCUACACCUGUGCUUCAGCAGAAGAGCUUACAGCCCAUCAAAAAUCAGUGGGAAAAGACACAAAAUAACUUAAACAUUUCACGUAAAGAGACUACUCUUAAAAGUCCACAGUUUUUUCCUUCCAGUCCUCCUCCACACUCACCUUUAGCUCAUGGACAAAUCCCAAGUGCAGUUGUUCUUCCAAAUGCCACUCAUGAUUAUAAUACAUCAUUUUCUAAUUCAAAUGCACACAAAUCAGAUAAAAAACUCCACAAUAUUGAGCAUUCUUUGGUAAAGCAGCCUAGUAAAAGAGAUCGACGCUCAGUGGAUUCUAGAAACACGCUGAAUGACUUUUUAAAACACCUCAAUGAAUCCCAAGGAAAUUCAAAGGCUAUGAUGGCAGAUAUUCAAGUGGCUCAUCAAAAUUCCCAUCAGCCUCCACAUCAAACGUUAAUGCUUGAUACAAUGGGGAAUAUGUCUGAAAUACCACCUAAAGUUCCAAAUAGGGAAGCAUCCUUAUAUUCCCCCACCUCAACUCUUCCAAGAAAUAGCCCAACAAAACGGGUGGAUGUGCCUUCCACCCCAAAUGGGCAAAUUACAUCUCUAGAAUCACAAAGAAGUUAUCAAAAAAACUCUUCACAGAGGCAUUCAAUAUCAGCAAUGCCUAAGACUAUGAACUCACCAAAUGGUGUUUUGAUUUCAAGACAGUCCAGUGUUAAUAGAGGUUAUAUGCCUCCAAGUCCUAACCCAAGGAUGGACUACAUCCAAGGAACACCUGUUAUUGUUCAUCAACAGACUUCUUUAUCACGGCAAAGCAGUUAUACAGGACAUGGAACUCUCCCUCGUAUGGGAAUAAAGAGGACACCAUCUCUAAAACCUGAUGUGCCACCAAAACCCUCAUUUUCUCAGCAAAAUACAUCAGUUAGACAGCUAAAUAAAUAUAGCUACUGAGAUCUGUCAACUUGGUUAAAAUGUGUAUGGUGAUAAGGCAUAUGUUAUAAAAGGACCUUUCAGGCAGAGACAUGCUUGCCGAAUCAGUCCCUAAGUGGCCAAAGAAGCUGUCUUUAGUUUGGCAACCUAGAGUUGUGCCAAACACAGGAACUUCAGAACAAGCUCGAGAGGAACAAAACAAAGGAAAGUGCUGGUCAUUUUGCUUCUUUUGUUUGGAGAAAUGUGGACAUGUAGCACAGUGGGAGCUACUUCCGUUAUUGAUACAGUACCAAGUUUUAAAGAUAUACUUGAAAAACAGGAUUUCAUUUUAAACUGCCACUGUGUGUAGCCAUCCCGUUAAAUGUGAACAUAUUAAGAUGUAUGCAUUUACCUUGCCUCUUGCACAAGUUUCACAAAAAGUGUCCCAGUGAGUGUUUGCAUUUUAGGCCAUUUCACUUCUGUUGUCUCAAGCCUAAAAUAUAUCCUAACUCUUCAGUGGCACCACAGUGUGUGCCACAAAUGAUUUGGCUAUGUGCGUGUGCAUAAAUGUUUCACACACACAAACACAUGCACGUUAAGAUCCUCAUUGCGAUUUCUAUGCCUUUGAACUGUUUACAUUGAGCAUGUCUGAACAAACAGUUUAUUUCUUUCCACAGGUAUUCUGCUGGCUGUGCAACGGGGGGCAUCAGUUAUCUCCCCUCCUUGCCUUCCAGAUAAUUAACUUGGCUGAACAUGGUACCUCGUGCAAGAAUGUAAAAAUUACUUAGAACUGUUAUGCUGCUAUAUAAACAAUAUUGUAGAAUUCACUGGAUGUCAUGUGGCGAGUCUAUGUUCAUGCUUGUUCCUUCUUGGUAUUGGGUGGUCCUAAGUGAACUGUGGCCGCAGUGUUGAAGAAAGAUCACAAUGGCUAGUGUACUAGCAAGGAAUAAUUUUUAAUAAAGCUUCCACAAAAUAAAUUUUAGGCCAAUGAUGUAGGAUAUAUGUACUGAGGCACCUUAUGUGUAGCAGUGGUGUGUUGCCUUGAGCUGUUCUUACAGAAGCUGGACGUAGAAUGAAGGUAAUAGCAUCAUCAGAAAGUUGAUGAACCCUCAAUGAGAUUGUUGUACUUUUAGUCCAUGUGAAAUCUGCAGUCAUUACUACAGCAAUCUGUCACGUGAAAUUUGUGCUCACAACGGUUCCCUUUCAGUGUACAAAUCUACCAUGGCUGGGCUUGCUAACGCAAGAAAGCAGUCUAUUUCAACACAUCCAUCUGAAUCCAGCCAUGAUGCCAACAUAUCUCCAGACUCCAUACUGUAUUUGUCAGAGAUAAACUAAGCUACUUACUGUUCAUUAUGAGGGAAAAUUGUUUGUGUGUGUAUAUAUGUUACCAGCCAUCACAAGGGUGGAGUGCUAAUCAAACUUAAUAGACACCUGGUCUAUACUUUUCCAGCAGUGUUUCCUGUCUGUGCUAGUGGCAGAAAUUUCAACGACCACUAAACUUAUAUGUCAACUUAACCCUUAUGUGACAGCAACUGGUAACAGUUAUAAAUAUCUAUGCAAAAGUUUACAUUGUAUACACGUAUUGUUUAGCGGAGGGUGUUCAUUAGUAAACUGAGGUAGGGAAAAUAUACCUAAAUAAAAAGUGCCCCCACCCAACCACAGCCUUAUUUUAAAUAUAAGUUUCACUAAUGAAUCCCUGUCAACCUCUUACAUGUAUGUCUUUGAAUGUUGCUUAAUACGGUUAUAUAGCCAUUUUUAAAUGUCAGGUUUUGUGGGGUACUAACUCUCCUUGGGGACAUGAGGAGACUUAUAGGCCAUAAAUGCUCCUCUGGAUUUCUGGGAAGAAAGGGAUGCAAAUGAGCUCCUAACAAGCUCCGCCUCUA